GCAUUGAUACAUGAACCAUAACAGACAAUUCAAUAGAUCUUAGAACUGUAAUUGUAAUUAAGUUAGAUCCAUACAAUUCUCCAACAGCUAUAGUUAUCGGUAGCGAGGAGAAUCGUUUUAUAAAACAAUAUAAAUAAUAGUAGUUUUAACUAAGACGGACAGUUGGCCGCGCGCAGCCGCCGCACAUUCACCUCGGGCAGUGAUCAAAUCGAGUUAUGCUUCACUAGACACGGAAAAAAUGAUUGCAUUGCAGCUAACACUAAUUUCCCUCAUAAUAAGUACCAACGCGGUUAGCAUAGGAACUGUGAGUGAACAAAAUGUGACCAAACGUGAGGCGAACGUGGGUGACCUGUUCCCAGAUUGGGUGCCGUUUAAAAACAAACACGGCGAAGAAUUAGGAGAGUUCGUUCAGGUAACUAAGAAACCUAAGAAAAGGUUGGCACCCCCUGUUAAUUUUAUACUUAGAGCUGUAGCUGAACCCGAGGGUGAUGAUUACUUUGAUAAAGGACAAGGCGAGAGUGACAGUGAUGAUUACUAUGAAAAGAAAGAGUGGUCAGACACUAAUAGGCCAUCACAUCCUUCUGAUUCUCCGAGAUCAGAAAAUCAUACUGAAAUUUCUGAAAUUGAUGGUGUUGUCAAUAUUAUAACAAAAACAAGACCUGCCAAUCCUAUUGUAGAAGCUCUUAAAAAAGCUAAAAGUAGACAAGAUAAUUACGAAAAUAAAGACAAAGAGGAAAAAAAGCCGCCUGAAGAUGACAAGGAUGAUAAGAAUGAAAAAGCUGCUGCUGCCAAGAAGCGGCAUGACUCGGAUAACAAAUAUGAGGAUGACGCAGACUACGAAGAGAGUAAUGCCGAAAAACUUAAACCUGAACCAAUAGAUGAAGACCAAAGUGAAAACGAGGCUAAAAAGGCUAUCAUUUUAGACAGCGUUGAUGAAUUGAAAGCCCGUCAUGCUAAAGAACAAGUGGCAAUAUCAGAGAAAGCUAAAGAAGAAGAGAUAUACAGAGAGGAACGGGAAAGGGAAAAGAUUCAAGCUCAGCUAUCCAUAGAUGAAAGCGAUAAAUAUGAUGACAAACCAAAGGCUAAGAAAUCUUUUAUGGACUAUGAAGAGUAUGAGAACAAGGAAGCUUCUUUAGAAGAGAAAUACAAUAUAAGUCCUGAACGCACAACUAAAACUCCUGCCCCGACUACAAGACAACCGAAACGGACAAGCAAACGGAAAGGAAAGAAGGACAAAACAGUGGAAAGUGGGAAGCUCUCCGUCUUCAAGAAUCCUCAACUAUACAUAGUAUACGAUGAAAUAGAAACGACAACAAUUCGGCCCCGAGUCAGACCUCCAGUACCAAGCAGGAUUCGUGAAGACAAAUUUUCAGCAAAAUACACUUCAACACCUUCAGUGCUAGAUGAUGCUGAAAGGAUAUCUCUAGUCCCAGAGGAAGAAGGCAAAGAAGGAGAACCUACCUUAUUCUUCCCUAAAAAGAGGAAAGGCACUAAAAAGCGAAAGAGUAAAAUCACUACAGCAUCUGAUUCUGAAGAAACUACUUACAGUGACUUGAAACCGAAGUUCACAGUUCCAUUGACUGAUACUACUGGAUCUGAUACUAUUGUUGUUGAUACGACUGCGGAUACUGCACCUUCUGCUGAAGGGUCUACAUACACCGACACAGUCACUGAUGCUGUACCGGCAUCGACUGAUCAGAAAGAAGAGAAGAAGGAUGAAGAUUAUCACAGGGAAAAGGGUGGCGGAAGACAACAUUUCUCUGAACACGAAGAAGAACACAGCGAAGAAGGCAAAAAGGCUUAUGAGGGCGUACACAAAGAGACAAAAUCCGCUAAGGGUCACCACGACAAAGAAGACCAUUUGGGUAAGUAUGAUGACCACGGAGGCGUCGAGAAGAACCACGAGGAGGAGUCAGGACACUACGGAGCACACCACCACGAGGAACAUGGAAAGAAACAUGCUAAGUAUGAAGAGUCGGGCAAGCAUUCAAAGGGCCAUAGCACCAAAGGCAGUCACGACAUCCAUAAGAAGGAGGAGUACGAGAAAAAUGUGGAAUUUUUCGAAGAAGAAGGCGACUCCGGUGAAGAAGAAAAGCAUGGAGGAUAUAAUGAGGAGCACGGUCACGCCAAGGGAGGACAUUUCAAGAACGGAGACUAUAAAGCGGGCCACGAGGAGCACGCCAAAGGCGAAUCCGGUCAUUUUGAGAAAGGCGGACACCUGCACUUGUCAAAGGGCCACAAAGCUGCAGCGGGGCACGACAGGCACGGAAAGCACGGAGUCGGCCAUCACCAGAAGGAAUCGAAGGAUUCGGGGAAGAAGUGGAUCUAUCACCACGGGUACCCUCCGAAAACGGCAAACCUGGUGCUGAUCGAUAGGAGACUCGACCAAUUGUACCACGGACCCCAGUACUACGGAUAAGUGCUUUGGAAACUAUAGAUUUUGUACGAUCUGGUUUGGAUUUCACGCUGACUGUUUUUAAAUUGGACGACGUCUGGUUUGUUUUGGGGAAUUGGCUUAAAUUUUGAGGUCAUACAAGGCGGAAACUAUGUGUCUUGUGCAAAACAUUUUGUGGUCAGUUCGGAUGCCAGUAAAUGACCUUGUAUACUCAGGAACAAGCAUAAAAAAAAUAUUAUGCCGGCAUUACAGUGAGCUAAGCAUACGCGUGACGUCAUUUCAGUGUAUGAAUUUUGCGGAAUCGUUACGUAAAGCAGUUUUAAAUUAUCUGACGGACUUAAAUGAUUAAGAACACUCGUCUACUCACAAAAAUAUUGUAUAUGCUUCCAUGGAUAUUUGAGAACAUGCGUUAGAGAUUCUGCGCUGACCAUUUCGGCGUCUUGUAAAACAUUGG